GAAUCGAGACGAUCUCAUCUUUGAUUUUUGAUUCAACGGAAAAACUUUUUUUUUUCUCCCGGAGACGACGACGAAGCAAUGCAGUUCUUCGGUGGAUCUGAGAUAAGUCCGUCGCCGCCAGUUCCGACGGCGAGUGGAAACAACGCGCACAUGAUGUACGUUUUCAAUCGUAACGGUGUAUGUCUUCUCUACAAAGAAUGGAAUCGGCCUCUUCAUACGCUGAAUCCACAGCAAGAUCACAAGCUCAUGUUUGGUCUUCUCUUCUCUCUCAAAUCUCUCACCGCUAAGAUGGAUCCAGUCAAUGCGGAUAAGGGAAAUCUAGGGGUUCCACAGUUGCCAGGACAAGGUUGCUCUUUCCAUAGUUUCCGUACGAAUACUUACAAGCUAAGUUUCAUGGAGACUCCUUCUGGUAUUAAGAUUAUCUUAGUUACUCAUCCAAAGACGGGAGAUUUACGUGAAUCCCUAAAGUACAUCUACAGUUUAUACGUUGAAUAUGUCGUAAAAAAUCCUAUAUACAGCCCAGGAUCUCCAAUCAAGUCGGAGUUGUUCAACACUGCACUUGACCAGUACGUAAGGAGCAUCUCUUAGUGUGUGCGUUACGGAUUUGUCCAUUGGAACUUCUCUGCUUCAACAGAGAUUUCUUCUGAACAAUUUCUAAAGAGGAGAAAAUUGCAGUAGAGAGAUCAAUAUCGAGUUCGACUGUUUUCUCUGCAAAUGUAUUUCUUGUUUCACCCUUUUUAACUCACUGUAUUGGCUUGUUAUCAAUAUUGUUUAUGGGAUACGAAGCAACGAAGCGUAAUUAACUAAUUAUGUGUUC